ACAGGUGACUUGAGUGGAAUCUGGUACAACCAGUUUGGUUCAAAGAUGCAAAUCAUCCUUCUGGAAAACGGAGAGUUGAUAGGAUUUUACGUCAACUGUACACCUGGUUCUAAAGCUGCCAGAGAAAAAUUGACUGGUUUUGUGGGAAAAGACGAACACGCUUCUCGAUUUGGCUUUACCGUCGACUUUCAGAAUGGGCGGUAUACCACAACCUGGACCGGACGUUGCAUCAAAGAAGGAAGCGCCGAUGGUGAAGAAGUUCUGUUGACUAACUGGAUUAUGAACCCUAACCCGGAAGAUGGUGCGCAACACCUGGAAUCCAUUCAUGUCGGCCAGGAUCGCUUUACAAGGAAGCCUCAGACCCCUGAGAAGUUGCCGUCUUUUGACGAUUCGCAACCGGAGUCUAAGGGCUGGAUGCUAUCCUACUAAGCGUACCCUAUUUUAGUAGUGCUUCUCACUGGAUUGUGCACUCGGGUCCUCUCGCUUAACGCAGCUCAACU